AUGAACAGCGCAGCAGGUUACCCUACGAACAGCGCAGCAGGUUACCCUACGAACAGCGCAGCAGGUUACCCUACGAACAGCGCAGCAGGUUACCCUACGAACAGCGCAGCAGGUUACCCUACGAACAGCGCAGCAGGUUACCCUACGAACAGCGCAACAGGUUACCCUACGAACAGCGCAGCAGGUUACCCUACGAACAGCGCAGCAGGUUACCCUACGAACAGCGCAGCAGGUUACCCUACGAACAGCGCAACAGGUUACCCUACGAACAGCGCAGCAGGUUACCCUACGAACAGCGCAGCAGGUUACCCUACGAACAGCGCAGCAGGUUACCCUACGAACAGCUCGAAUUUCUCAAUUGAGGUGAACAAAGACCCAGGGGGGAGUGCGCGUCCCGAGCUUACCAUCCUCCCUCAACCGUACACAGUCUGCGCUGAACACAAGUCCACAGGAGUACGACUGAAUGAGCGUCUGGCUUGCCUCGCUCAAGAGUCCAGGGAGUCCUUGGAGCUUGGCAGAGACCUAUUGGCCGCCCAAACCAGAUUUCUACAACACGACAUGCAAUUGAAUGCAACGUUCAACUUGAACGAAGUUGAAGGCGCCUUCUUGAAGAAGGCACACCACAUCGAGCUGCUCCGUGGUUACAAGCAGAACUCGGACUAUCACAAGACGCGCGCUCGAGGCAUGGAUGCUCGUUUGUACAGAUCGUUUGAAACGACGAAUAAGCACCUCGGCACCAUCGUUUGA